GGGCGCAUGGGCCUUCCAAUGAAAAGAAAAGAGGACAAAAUCUUCUCUCCAGUCUCCAGCUCAGGACCUUUUUCGCCCAUCUCCUCUCUCUCACAAGGCGCGCCACUUCACAGCUUCACGUGACGCAAUACCUGCAGAUCGCCAGCUGCUCUGCACCACUGCCUUGUCUUGUAAUGCCAGUCCUGCUUACCCCACUACCCUUCUCUGUUUCUCUGUCUGUAUCUCUCUCUCUCUCUCUGAUAUUCCUUAACGGCGAUGAGAACGUGAGAAUACGAGAUUGACAGGAAGAAAGAGCAGUCUGCAUCGUUUCUUCCUUCGUUCCUUCCUUAUUUCCAACAAUGCAUGAGAUACAUACCCUUGCAUUCCUCUCUUUCCUCUCACUUACCUUCCUUUUUUCACUUCCCCUCUCUUCGUCCUCUUCACCAUCAGCUGCUCCCGACGCUCUCGCCCUUUUGUCCUUCAAAGCUUUAGCUGACAAAGACAACAAGCUCCACUUCCCACUCAAGAACGCUUACAGCCACUGCCAAUGGCCAGGCGUCAGAUGCUCCGUCGGCAGAGUUGUCCGUCUCGUGUUCGAAGGUUUGCCCCUGAGAGGAACCUUCGCCCCAAACACCCUCUCCCGUCUCGACCAGCUGAGGGUCCUUAGCCUCCAGAACAAUUCCCUCUCCGGCACCAUUCCUAACCUCUCCGGACUCUACAACCUCAAGUCCCUCUUCCUCGACCACAACGUCUUCUCCGGCAUAUUCCCUCCAUCCAUCUUCUCGCUCCACCGGAUCCUCACCAUCGAUCUCUCCUACAACAAUCUCACUGGCCCUAUCCCUGUGCAGCUCGCCUCCCUCUCCCGUCUCUACUAUCUCCGCCUCGAUUCCAACCGGUUUAACGGCACGGUGCCCCCUCUCAACCAGUCUUAUCUUAAGAUCUUCAACGUCUCCUUUAAUAACCUCUCUGGGGCUGUGCCUGCCACCAUCCUGCUGUCCAGCUUCGGCGCAUCUGCGUUUUCCGGAAACCCGGGGCUCUGCGGAGCGAUCGUCCACAAUCAAUGCCGCUCCGAGUUAUCCUUCUUCAGCUCAACGAUCGCGCCAGCGCCUCCACCGACGCUGCCGCAGAACGGUCUGUUACAGGGGCUUGUUCUGCCACCUACGUCGGCUCCGAAGAAGCACAAGAGAGCUGCUGUAAUAAUCCUAGGAUUUGUGGCUGGAAUUCUCCUUCUAAUUGGGCUUUUUGUAGUCCUGUCACUCUUGAUAAAGAAGCUUCAACGGUGGAAGAUUUCGGCGCGGGCGAUGCCAGCGGCAGCUUUUUCUGCCGCAUCGUCACAUGCAGAUGACAAUGCGUCUGCAGCCUCCGUUGUAAUGUCGGAGGUGAAUGUUAGCAAGAAGAUGCAGGGGUUGCAGGUAGGGAAGAGUGGGAGCUUAGUGUUCUGCGCAGGGGAACCGCAGGUUUACACACUGGAGCAGCUGAUGAGGGCAUCAGCUGAAAUGCUGGGCCGCGGAACGAUUGCCACCACAUACAAGGCCGUCUUAGAUAACCAGCUGAUCGUUAGCGUGAAGCGUCUGGACGCGAGCAAGGCAGGGGCGAUGAGCAAGGAGGCAUUUGAUCGGCACAUGGAAGCAGUUGGCAACCUUCGACACCCCAAUUUAGUGCCACUGAGGGCGUUUUUUCAGGCCAAGGAAGAGAGGCUCCUCAUCUACGAUUAUGAACCCAACGGCAGCCUCUUCUCUCUCAUACAUGGUUCAAGAUCAACAAGGGCAAAACCUCUUCACUGGACAUCGUGCCUCAAGAUAGCUGAGGACGUUGCCCAGGGCCUUGCCUACAUCCACCAGGCCUCUCGGCUCGUCCACAGCAACCUCAAGUCCUCCAACAUUCUCCUCGGUGUUGAAUUUGAAGCCUGCAUAGCUGACUACUGCCUCCUGGCCCUUGCUGAAUCAUCAUCCCUCGACAAUGCUGACUCAGGAUACAGGGCUCCUGAAAUCAGGAAGUCAAAUCAGCCAGCCACACCAAAAUCAGAUGUCUACAGUUUUGGUGUCCUCCUUCUGGAGCUCCUCACUGGCAGGCCUCCACUGCAUCAGCCCUUCUUAGUGGCAGCAGAUUUGACGAGUUGGGUCCGAUCAGUUAGGGAAGAGGAAGAGAGUGAAGACGACCGGCUGGCAAUGCUUAUUGACAUUGGGACAGCCUGCAUCCAGUCAUCGCCGGAACAAAGGCCAAGCAUGUGGCAGGUUUUGAAGAUGAUUCAGGUGGUUAAGGAGACGGAAAUGGGCGACAACGAAAUGAAUUCCACCGAGCUUUGCUAGUUGAGUCUAUCGGGGCAACUGCCAGAUGGAAGAAUUUAUAUGAUCCUUGAGCAGAAGAUAUGCAUUAUAUUCGAUUUUCAGUGUGUACAAGUGGUCCCAUGUUCACAUGAUCCAUGGUCUGCUGGUCCCGAUCUCUUGGAUUGAAAGAUCCUAGCCCCUAAAAGCUGGGCCAGUUUCAAUUGAAAAUUGGUCUUCCGCUGUUGUUCUUAAUCAUCUUACCUGCAUGCCACAAUUUUAUGUUUGGACUGUCCUUCAAAAAUUUUUGGGGCACUAUCCAUCUUAGGGCCUGAAGGGAUCAGUGGUCUGGAUCAACAAACCGUGGGUCCACUUGCACAAACCGUGGCUAUCCUAAGCUCAAGGAUCACACUAUUCCUCACGGAUAACCUGUGUGCCCAUCCAUUGUUUGUUAGACCCUUGGAUGGAGCAGAGCUUGAAAAUGGCACUGAUGAUGCAAUCCUAGCCAUUUGAUUGGUGGCCAUGAAAUGGAUAUCUAAAAGAAAAUGGCCAAUUGUCCAAAUUAGAUGGGUUAUAUUCAUGUGCUUAAAAACUCACCAUCAGUGAUAUUUUUCUCUUGAGGUACAUAAUCCAAAGGUGUGGAUAGAUUUUUAUUGACAUUCAUGUGGGGCCACAAGCCACAAGUCAUCAUCGCUAUUGAAGGCUUGUGGCGCUGCGAGUUGUUAUUGCUUGUUUUAAUGUACCGAAUUAUGGAAUCAGUUGUAGGUGAAAUUUAUGUAGGAAUCUAAGGAUGACAAUCCAACUAUGUGGAAGUUGUGACUAUAUAUGCCAGCUACAGAGGGCAGUUAGUUAGGCUGCAGGUUUUAGUGAGGAAAACAUGAUAUAAUUCCACAAUUCCCUCAAA